AUGGAUAUUACAGAAGUUUCAUUUAUUCAUCAUGUUGGCAUUGUUUUGUUGGUCAUAUGGUUACUCUCUUUUUUCAAUUCUUGCCACCCAUUAGUCUACUUAUUCAGUUUCAUCUAUCUUUAUAUGGUUCAUGAGAAUGUUUCGCCAAGAUUCAAAAGAAAGGUGCGAUUUGAAGAAAUAAGGCAAGCCAACGAAAAAAUGGUAUUUUCUGAUUCUGGAUCGGUACGGUGGUUGAACCAUUUGAUCAAGAGGAUUUGGCCUCUAUGUAUCGAAAAUAUUGUCUCACAGAGAAUGCUACUCCCUAUCAUGCCUUGGAUCAUACAGAAAUACAAACCAUGGACAGUGAGAGAAGGUAUGGUCCCAACAUUGUUUUUGGGAAAAUCUCCCCCUAUUAUUACUGAACUGAGGAUUCGUCGUCAAUCUACUAGUGAUGAUCAUUUGGUUUUGGAAGCAGGGUUAAAUUUCCGAACAUCUGAUGACAUGAAUGCAAUAUUAGCGGUGAAACUAGCAAAAAAACUGUGCUUUGGAACGUCGGCUAAACUGCAUCUGACAGGAUUGCAUGUUGAAGGAAAGGUGUUGCUAGGGAUAAAGUUCCUCCCAAAAUGGCCGUUUCUUGGUCGUUUGAGUGUGCGUUUUGUUGAGCCACAUUACUUUCAACUGAACCUAAAAUCAAUUUUUGCUCAUGGUCAUGAUGUCAGUGAUAUUCUAAGGAUUGCUGGAUGGAUGAAUAAGCUUUUGAAAGUUGCAUUCAAGGAGACAGUGGUUGAGCCUAAUAUGUUAGUGGUGGAUGUGGAGAAACUUGUUUCAUCACAGACAGAAGCUUGGUUUUCUGUGGAUGCAAAGGAGGAGCCAGUUGGUUAUGCUUUAGUAGAAGUAGUGGAAGGAUCUGAUAUGAGACCAUCAGACAUGAAAGGGUUGCUGGAUCCUUACAUAAAAGGCGAGCUUGGUGCAUAUAGAUUCAGGACCAAGACACUAACAAAGACAUUGUCUCCAAAAUGGUAUGAAGAGUUCAAGAUUCCUGUUGUUUCAUGGAAUUCACCCAAUCUUCUUCAAAUCAGAGUCCAUGAUAAAGAUAACUUGAUUGACGAUACCACUAGUGAUUGCUGUGUAAAAAUUAAUGAAUUUAGAGAUGGGAAGAGACAUGACAUUUGGUUGUCCCUUGAAGAUGUUAACAUGGGAAGAUUGCAUAUUGCUGUAAAAGUUGUUGAAGGUGAAGAUGUACUUGAACAGAAUUGUGAUGAUAAUGAGUCACAUAGUGAGCUUAUGAAAGAGGAUGAUUCAGUUAAAUUUCCUAGUAAAUCUAACAAGUUGGCAACGGAAUGUUGCGAGCCGAUUGAUGUCAAAGGCCUAAGUAAGAAUGUCAUAUGGGUUCAGCGCCCAGGGCCUGAUUUGGCACCCCUAUGGGAGCCAAGAAAGGAGGAGAACACAGUCCAGAAAGAUAGUGAGUCAGUGAGCAGUAGCGCAAGGGGUUCUGAACAACUUACGAGUGACUGGAGCAACACUAAUGAAAGUCUAAAGAGUAACAAGAUAAAAUCAAGAAACCCGAUGAAGAAGGGAUUCAUUAGGUUUGGUUCGUUAUUUCAUAGAUACAAGUAAAUGGCAAAACAUAGGGAUGUAAAAAAGGAUGAGCUACCUCAGCUUGUUAAAGGCUUGACUCGAGCAAAACCGCUUUUCCAUGUAUGGAAAGGAGCAGGUGCCAGUUCUAUAUCAACAUCCAAGAUGUAUUUUAGUACCCUAAAUGUGGUCAACAAGUUUUGUAACACCUUAGAAUAUUGCAGGAACAAUAUAGGACCAUUAAUUUGGAAAAACA